GAUCCCAGUGGCGAGAGCACUCUCUCUCUCUCGAGCGAAAUCUCGCCGGCGACGAUGAAGCCGUUCGGCAGUGCGGAUCUGCUGCGGACGCCGGCGGCGAUCGUCAAGGUCCUGGCGUUCGCCUCCGUCGCCUUCGUCUUCUUCUACCUGGGCAAGCACUGGUCCGAGUCCGACGGCUAUGGCCAGCUCGUCUUCUUCUCCUCCUCCUCCGCCGCCCGCCAGCGGCCUCCCUCCGUCGCCCUCUCCCCGAAUUUCAACACAUCCUUCGACCUCUCCUCCCUCGUACCUCGGAACCAAACCCUAGCCCUCACCCCACCGCCGCAGGAGGGGACCGCCGCCGCGCCGCCUCCUCCUCCUCCUCCUCCGCCUCCGCCGCCGCCGCCGGCGAUCGCGAGGUUCGGAAUCGUGGACGAGAACGGGACGAUGACCGACGACUUCGAGAUAGGGGAGUUCGAUCCGGAGUUUAUCGACGAGGGGACGAGUAAUGCGACUGAGAUCGAAGGGACGGGGGGCGAGAAGAUUGGCGCGAGGGUUCGGGUUCGGAAGUACAAGCUUUGCCCGGAGAGUAUGCGGGAGUACAUACCUUGCUUGGACAAUGCGGAGGCCAUCAAAAGGUUGAAUUCGACGGAGAGAGGCGAGAGGUUCGAGCGGCAUUGUCCGGAGAAAGGUAAGGGGUUGAGUUGCUUGGUUCCGCCUCCGGCAAGGUACCGGCCUCCAAUUCCUUGGCCAAAGAGCCGGGACGAGGUUUGGUACUACAAUGUUCCACACCCUCGACUGGUUGAUGACAAAGGUGGUCAGAACUGGAUCUCCAAAGAGAAAGACAAGUUUAAAUUUCCUGGAGGUGGUACUCAAUUUAUUCACGGAGCAGACAAAUACUUGGAUCAGAUUUCUCAGAUGGUGCUUGACAUUGCUUUUGGUCGACACACGCGAGUUGCUCUGGAUGUUGGAUGUGGUGUUGCAAGUUUUGGAGCCUAUUUGCUGUCUCGAAAUGUCAUAACUUUGUCCAUAGCUCCAAAAGAUGUUCAUGAAAAUCAAAUUCAGUUUGCACUUGAGCGAGGUGUCCCUGCAAUGGCGGCAGCAUUUGCAACUCGACGCUUGCUAUAUCCAAGUCAAGCUUUUGACAUGAUACACUGUUCACGAUGCAGAAUAAACUGGACUCGUGACGAUGGUAUUUUGCUGCUUGAGGUCAACAGGAUGCUUCGGGCUGGAGGCUACUUUGCCUGGUCUGCACAGCCAGUUUACAAACAUGAGGCUAUUCUAGAGGAACAAUGGGAAGAGAUGCUUAAUCUUACUACUAGUCUUUGCUGGGAACUUGUGAAAAGGGAGGGACAAAUUGCAAUAUGGCAAAAGCCAUUGAACAACAGCUGUUACCUGAGCCGUGAGCCAGGGACCAUACCUCCACUUUGUGAACCUGAGGACGAUCCUGACAAUGUCUGGUAUGUUGAUCUGAAAGCAUGUAUUACACGACUUCCUGAGAAUGGAUAUGGAGCAAAUGUUACCGCAUGGCCUGCAAGAUUGCAAACGCCACCCGAUAGGCUCCAGAGCAUCCAAAUUGAUGCUUACAUAUCCAGAAAAGAACUUUUCAAGGCAGAAUCAAAAUAUUGGGACGAUAUAAUAGCAAGCUAUGUUCGAGCUUUACACUGGAAGAAAUAUAAAAUGAGAAACGUUUUGGACAUGAGAGCUGGCUUUGGAGGGUUUGCGGCAGCACUAAUUGCUCAGCGACUUGAUUGCUGGGUUCUGAAUGUGGUUCCUGUCAGUGGCCCCAACACAUUGCCUGUCAUAUAUGAUCGUGGCCUUAUUGGAGUUAUGCAUGACUGGUGUGAGCCCUUUGAUACAUAUCCCAGGACCUACGAUCUGUUGCAUGCAGCCAGCCUCUUCUCCGUGGAAAAAAAGAGAUGCAACAUGUCCACUAUAAUGCUUGAGAUGGAUAGGAUUUUAAGACCCGGUGGCCGUGUAUAUAUUCGCGAUUCCCUCUCAGUCAUGGAUGAGCUUCAAGAAAUCGCUAAGGCCAUGGGUUGGCAGGUUGCUUUGAGAGACACUGCUGAGGGUCCUCAUGCCAGUUACCGGAUUUUGACAUGUGAUAAGCACCUUUUGCAUGCUUGAAAGCAGUUGGGAGAAAGUUAAUCGGAUAUCUCAUUGUUGACCCCAAAGAGGUGAAUGCCAACCGAUAUCGACGGCGAAGAUGCAUAUAGGAACACCAAUCGAACUGCGUCUAAAGUGAAUUAUCUGAUGUUCAGGAUACGAAUGUGAUUUGUGGAGAUCUUGCAAGUCCAUGACAGCAAUGAUCGUUCCACAUGGUAGGCGUUGGCGGUGCUAAUUUGAUUGCAGGGGUACAACACAUACGAAAAAGGAUGUCAAAGAAAAUAGUCUUCCUGUAAUUUAGACUGUAUUCUCAUAGUGCUAACAAUUUUUUUUUGUGAAAACAUUAAUUAUUUUUCUACUGAUCAAGCUGGAAAUACGUGAUAGCUAUUUGGUUCUA